AAUGCAGUCAGUAGAAGGAGAACAGGACAGACUGAAGAGCAGUCAGAGUAGAGACACAGUUGGAACAACAUUACUGUGGACACAACCAGCUGUUACCGUAGCGACACCCACAGAGCACGGUGACGACCCUGCACGUGUGACGAAACACACCAGAAACACUAGCGGACUGAAGACUCAGCAACAGACAGAGAGACGGCUGGGAACAGGUAGCUGCAGAGGAAGACCACUACAAUGUCGUUCUUUGAAUUUUGGAGGAGUCAGAAGGAGAGAGGAGAACUUCUGCAGAGAGCCAAUCAGCUGAGACUUCAUCCUCUACACCUGAAACGGUUGCUAAGUGACAGUGCAGUUCGCUCAGAGCUGCACAAUGCCAGCAUGGUAUCUCUGCUGCCUCCUGUUGGUGCAGAGGUGUUCAGGCGCUUCACGCCGGCCUCACUGGAGGCGGUCCAACGACGUGAGGCCGAGGAGAAGGAGCGACAGAAGAGGAAGAACAAAGAGGUACAAGAGAAAGACCCACCCAAACAAGCCACUCACCUCGAGGUUGAGAAGCCCCUCCCGUUCAUCUUUGGAGACCCGCCCCCUGAGCUUCUCAACACCCCACUGGAGGAGUUGGAUCCCCCUUACCAAUCACAGAAGACGUUCAUUGUGCUCAGUAAAAGAAACAUCCUCCACAGGUUUAAUGCUGACUCAGCCUGUUGCCUGCUGAGUCCGUUCAAUCCAAUGAGGACCGCCGCCAUCAGGAUCCUGAUCCACUCUUUGUUCCGUCUGUUCAUCCUGUUGACGAUUCUAAGUAACUGUGUGUUCAUGAUGAUAAGCUAUUCUCCAGCUUUCACAAUUGCAGAAUAUGCGUUCACAGCCGUCUACAUGUUUGAGGUCAUCGUAAAGAUUGUGUCGAGAGGCUUCUGCAUCGGACGCUUCACCUUCCUCAGAGAUCCCUGGAACUGGCUGGACGUCAUGGUCAUCAGCACGGCAUUCCUGACUCCUGAGUUUGUAGAUCUGGGUAAAGUCUCUGUGCUGAGGAUAAUUCCCCGAGUGCUGAAGAUGAUCUCACUCUACCCCGGUGUGAAGACGACUGCUGGAUCUCUCGUCCAAUCAGUGAGGAGGCUGGUUGGUUUCAUCAUACUGGCAGCGUUUGUGCUCGCUGUCUUGGCUCUGAUUGGUCUGCACGUAUUCAUGGGAACCCUCAAGCACAAAUGUGUUAUUUGGCCUUCAAACAUGACCUAUUCCCCCAGAUUUGAUUUCGACAGAUAUAUCAACAACGCCUCGGAACAGUACUUCCUCCCCGGUUAUUUGGAUGCUCUGGUUUGUGGAAACGGCUCUGACGCUGAGCAGUGUCCUGAGGGUUACACCUGUCUGAAGACGGACAUGAGCCCAAACUACAGUUUCACCAACUACGACUCGUUUGGCUGGUCUCUGCUGUCUGUGUUCAGACUCCUGAUGCAGGACUUCUGGGAGGACCUGGUCCUGCUGAUGACACAUGCAGCAGGUUAUUACACUACAAUCAUCUUCUCGGUCCUCGUCUUCCCCAGCUCUUUCUUCCUCCUCAGCCUCAUUGUGGCGUUAGUUGCCAGGGUGACUGUUGAGCAGGACAGGGCCGCUGUCGCCAAGGCCAGACAGAGAGAAGAAGAGUUCAUUCAGAUCCUGGAGGUGAUGAAUAGGAGGAAGGAGGAGGAGGAGGAGGAGGUCUCUGAGAAACAACCUUUAGCCGCAGUAACAAAGAGCCAUGAGGAAGAACACCCUGCUGUGGGAGAGGUCCAGGAGGACCAGAGCUCGUGUCCUCCAUGUUGUCUGGCCUUCCUGAAGUGGAACUGUUGUGGCUGCUGGAGGUGGCUUAAACAGCGGCUCCACACCUUCGUCACGAACCCGUUCUUUGACUUUGGAAUUUUCAUCUGCCUCAUACUUAACAACGUCUUCAUGGCCAUGGAACAUUAUCCAAUGACAAUGGAGUUUGAGAACCUGCUGAGCAUCACAAACCUGGUCUUCACAGGGAUCUACACAGCCGAGGCGCUCCUCAAACUCGUGGCCUUGGACCCAUACGGUUACUUCAAGGUGGGCUGGCACAUACUUGACUUCAUCAUUGUCAUCGUCAGACUGCUGGACAUGAUAAUGGCAGACAUCGAGGGUCUAACUGUGCUGCACUGCUUCCAUGUGAUGCUGGUACUGAGGCUGGCCCGGUGGUGGCCCACCUUCCACACGUUCAUCAAGAUUAUAUGGACUGCGGUCUGGGCCCUGAGGAACCUGACUCUCAUUCUGCUCAUCAUGGUCUUCGUCUUCACCGUUGUCGGCUUUCAGCUGUUCCAGAAGGACUACGAAUGCAGCGUCUGUCGCAUCGAUAGUGACUGCGAGCUUCCUCGCUGGCAUAUGAACGGCUCGUUCCAAACAUUCCUUCUCAUCUUCAGGAUCUUGUGUGGAGAGUGGAUCGAGACCAUGUGGGACUGCAUGAUGGUCUCGGAUCAGAACGUGUGUCUGAUCUUCUUCAUGACAGUCGUGGUUGUCGGAAACCUGCUGGUUCUGAACCUGUUCCUGGCCUUGCUGCUGAGCUCGGUCAGUGGUGUUAAUCUGGCAGCUCCAACAGAACAAGGAGAAAACAAUCCGCUGAUCGCCAUAAACCAGAUCAAAGGGUGUGCAGCUCGGACCAGGACCUGGAUCCUGGAACAUUUGCAAGGAGAGAAGAACCAUGUCGACCCUGACCACAAAGUGGUCGACAGUAACAAAGACAACAAGAAGGAGUACGUGGGCUUGACCUCUAUGACCUCAGACCAGUCGGUGUCAGAGGUCGUGAUCGACUCCAAGACGCCUGAAAAUGAAGACAGGGAGAAAAAGCAACAACAGAAUGAAGACAAUAAAAAUCACAGAGAAAACACACCUGAAGACUGCUGCUGUCACAGUUGUUACCGUUGCUGUCCGUUCCUGAAUGUAGACAUGUCCCGGGGCACAUGGAGGGUUUGGUCUAACUUCAGGAGAGCCUGUUUCUCCAUCGUGCAACACAAAUACUUUGAGACCUUCAUCAUCUCCAUCAUCCUCCUCAGCAGUGCAGCUCUGGUGUUUGAGGACGUCCACCUGCAGGAGCGGACGGUGUUGCAGAUGAUUCUGGACAGAGCAGACCAGGUGUUUACCUACGUGUUCCUCCUGGAGAUGCUUCUCAAGUGGUUCGCCUAUGGAUUCAGGAAGUACUUCACCAGCGUCUGGUGCUGGAUCGACUUCCUCAUCUUGGCCGUCUCUCUGAUGUCAUUGACUGUCGACAUGCUGGGAUACUCUGAACUGGAAGUGGGCCUGAUUCUGAGGACUCUGAGAGCUCUGAGGCCCCUGAGGGCCCUGUCUCGCUUCCAAUGCCUGAGGGUGGUGCUGCAGGCUCUGGCAGUGACGCUCCCGGCCCUGAUUGAUGUGCUGCUGGUGGCUAUGACCGUCUGGUUAAUGUUCAGCAUCGUUGGAGUGAGGCUGUUUGCUGGAAAGUUCUAUCACUGUUAUAAUGUGACGUCAGAGCAGCUGCUCGUCCCGGAGGAGGCGGGCAACAAGAGCGACUGUUUCUUUCUGAUCAACGAAGGCUUCACUGAAAUCGUGUGGAAGAAUUCAAAGUUAAACUUUGACAACGUGGGACUGAGUUACCUUUCACUGCUGCAUAUGGCGACGUUCUCAGGCUGGUUGGAGAUUAUCUACGCAGCAGUGGACUCCACACAGGUGGAAGCUCAGCCAGUGUAUGAGUACAGGCUUUACAUGUACCUGUACUUCGUCUGUUUCGUCAUCAUCGGCGGCUUCUUCACCUUCAACCUCUUCACCAGAGUCUUCAUCAACACGCUGGACCAGCUGCAACACAAGUUUGGAGGGAAACAUCUGUUUAUGACGGAGGAGCAGCAGAAAUUAUCCAGGGGCAUGAAGAGACGGUUGUCCGGGACAACUCGAAAACCUGUUCCACGACCUCAGAACAAGUGCCGGGCUCUGCUCUUCGACCUGGUGACCAAACCGGCUUUUGAAGUCUUCAUAGUGGUGGUGAUCUGCUUGAAAAUGUUGACUCUGAUGGUGGAGACGGACGAGCAGAGCGACGAGAAAGAUUUAAUUCUGCACUACAUCAACUUCGUCUUCAUCAUCAUCUUCCUCGUUGAGUUCCUUCUGAAGAUCAUCGCCCUCGGACGGCACUACUUCUCCGACUACCUGAACAUCCUUGACUUUGUCGUCAUUAUCGUGUCCAUUGUGGGUAUGUUCAUAUACGACUUCCUGCAAAAAUAUUUGAUCUCACCAAGCUUCUUCCCUGUGCUCCGACUGGCUCGUAUAAGUCGUAUCAUCCCUGUCAUUCCCUGGCUUGUAGCCUUUGUGUUGUCACUUCCUGCCCUCUUCAACAUUUGCCUCCUCCUCUUCCUCCUCCUCUUCACGUACUCCAUCUUCGGCAUGUUUACCUUUGCCUAUAUGAGAAAAGAGAACCAAUUGUAUUUCUUUGAGAGUUUUGGGAGCAGCAUGAUGUGUCUGUUUACAAUGACCAUCGCAACUGGAUGGGACUCUGUGCUGAGGCCCAUCCUGAACACGCCUCCGGACUGCGACCCGUACAUGCAGAACCCAGGAUCGACCGUCAUAGGGAACUGUGGCAGCCCAACACUGGGCAUCAUCUUCUUCUCCUCCUACAUCAUGCUGUCUGCCCUGCUGGUGGUCCACAUGUACAUCGCCGUCGUCCUGGAGACCUUCAAUAUGGACGACACUGAGAACCUGAGUGACAAUGAACUGCAGAUGUUUUAUAAAACCUGGAGGAUGUUUGACACCGAUGGCUCACAGGUCAUACAGUACAGUCAGCUGUCAGAUUUCUGCGACACUCUGCAGGGUCCUCUGAGGAUUCCCAAACCAAACACAAUCAAACUGAUCCACAUGGAUCUGCCUCUGCUUCCUGGAGACAAGAUCCACUGUACAGAUAUCCUGCUUGCAUUCACUGCAGAGGUGUUUGGUGAUUCAGGACCGAGGGAUGCUCUCAAACCCCGAAUUGAGGCGAAGUUCAUGACCAACAAGUUGCCCAAGCUGUCAUAUGAACCAAUCGGCAGCACCCUGCAGAGGAAGCAGGAGGAGGUGGCAGCGAUGGUGAUCCAAAGAGCAUACAGGAAACACGUCCUGCAGGACAGAUCUGUGGAGGCGACAGCAGCAGAGCCAGCAGGAGGCGCUUCAGGUGUUUAAGGUUCCUCUCACCUGGGAGCACCCCUCUCAACACAACGACUUCCUGCCACAUGAGAACCUGAGGAAGUCUGUAGUCCACGAUGACCAAUCACUGAACUUCACUUUGACAUUAUUCACAAACCAGAGAUGCCCCAUUACCAGUAACAGUAGUAAACAUCAAGUAGCACUGAGGCUGAUGGGAACGCACCUGGUCAUAAACCAAAGUAAUGGACUUGAGGAGAAGUCAGAGGAUGAUCAGUUAUUACAGUUCAUUCUCUGGGGAACAUGAAGGUCUGAACCAUAUCAGAUGUUUGACCGGAACAGCCAUAGAAACAGGUCAAAGUGAUCAGAUCACACAGUGGACACAUAAACGUAUUAAUCAAGACUGAUUAAAACCUGCACACAUAUUCAGACGUGCUUCUAACAAACUCUUACACAUUUAUACAAAUACUUUAUACUUUUAGUUUCAUAUUUGUCAAAGUUUUUCCUGAUGGUUUUUAUACUCCACCACUGAAAUCGAGGGAAAAUACUCCAAUCCUGUUUGUUUCUAACCACACGUCUCUUUACCUUGAUGUUUCAUCAUUAACCUAUAUCAUUAGUUAACAGCUAACCUCUUAUAUAUAGUGUGUGGAUAUAUCCACUUACAAUAAUAAAAUAUAUAAUUCAUGUCAGAGACAUUUAAUAACCACUUAAUUCUGACCCUGUGAACAGUUCAUGGACAUGUGCAGCAGCAACACCACACGUAGCUUCAUCAUGGACAUUCUCUCUAAUUAGAAAAGAAACAGGAAAAGAGGCAUCAAGUCGGAUGUUCCUAAUAUCUCUUUCUCUAUCUCUCUCUCUGUAUCUCUCUCUGUCUCUCUCUAUCACUCUGUCUCUCUCUGUCUCUCUCUUUCUCUCACACACACACACACACACACACACUGGUUGAGUUUUCUGUUGUUGUCUCUGCUGUAAAACAUCACAUGGUUUAAAUUCAUGUCAAUUAAAUAAACAAAGAAAAACA